ACUACAGCUAGUUCGGCUACUUUAGCCCGGAGCUGGCUCUGCGGCUAAACUGUCAGGUCGCUGCGAGCGCCCGACCUUUCUCUUCCUGGACCCUUCGCCAGCAGCGACCCUGAGCCAGCAGCCGGCACCCUCGGCAAUGGCGGCCUCGACGGCGUCGCACCGGCCCAUCAAGGGGAUCCUGAAGAACAAAACUGCUGCGACCACCUCGGUGGUGGCCUCGGCCGAAGAGCCCCGCCGGAGCGUCGACGAGGAGCUGAGUAAAAAAUCCCAGAAGUGGGAUGAAAUGAACAUCCUGGCAACCUAUCAUCCAGCUGACAAAGACUAUGGUUUGAUGAAAAUAGAUGAACCAAGCACUCCUUACCAUAGUAUGAUAGGUGAUGAUGAGGAUGCAGGCAGUGAUACGGAACUUGCCGAAGCUCUAACUCCAGAUGUCUUAGCUAAGAAAUUAGCUGCUGCUGAAGGCUCAGAGCCAAAGUAUCGGAUUGGGGAGCAAGAAAGCAGUGGAGAAGAGGAUAAUGAUCUCUCGCCAGAAGAGCGAGAAAAAAAGCGACAAUUUGAAAUGAAGAGGAAGCUUCACUACAAUGAAGGACUAAAUAUUAAGUUAGCUAGACAGUUAAUUUCAAAAGACCUGCAUGAUGAUGAGGAAGAUGAAGAAAUGUCAGCAACUGCAGAUGGGGAAAGCAUGACUAUUGAAGAGUCAAAGCAAGGAUCUACUACAGGUGAACAACGGCAAAACAAAUCACAAAGUUCAUAGAAGAGCUUUGUUCAGCACUGCAGUUGUCAAAUACAAGUCCUGUUCUAUAAUACACUGCUUCUUGUUCUCCACAGUUCAUGAUUUAAGUACCAAAAUACAUCCCAGUUUAUUAUAUAUUGCCAAGAAUUAAAUGAUGACCGUAGAGACUGGUUAGACUGAAAAUGCCUGAUGAACACAUAUGUUCUUGUGCCUCAUACUUCACCACAAAUACAGUAUCAUCAUCAGUCCAAAACUACUUUACUUUUGUAAGAACACUGGUUAAUUUGUAUAAGAUAUUAUAUAGCUUUUUAUGCGUUAGAAGUUAAUGUCUUUUUGGGGGGAGGGAAACUAAUUUAUUUUCAUCACUUGUAGAUGUGGUACCUCUUAUAAAAAGUUUGUUGGGCUUUUUGUUUUUUACCAAAAGCCAAUUGGAACAACAGGUCAUGCAGGUUGAUAAAUACUCAGGCUGAAAGGAAUUGUUAACGUCUUCAAUGUGUUUUGUCUGUUUGAGAAGGAUUACAAGAGUUACUGUUAAAUUUUCUAGUUACUACCUUCAGUGUACCUGUUGAGGUUUUUUGUGCUUACCAUGGAAGAGUUGACAUUUUUCCAAUGAAAACUAGAUUUUUUUUUUUUAAUGUCAAGAUUAAACUUGUACCACUAUCUGCUCUGCUUGUUGUACACUGGGCAGACUUCAAAUCAGUUUCUUCAGUAAAUACAGCUGUAGUGUAGCUGUGUCCGCCUCCCCUUACUGCCCACUCCUUUCUACACAUACAAGGGUCACAGAGAUUGUCACAGUGUUAGGAGCUCUCCUUUCUCUCACUUGCUGCAAUUAUGAAAUUCUCAUUGCUUCUCAGUGAUCAAUGCCUAAUAGUUCUAUGUGUGAAGUAGUAGUUGAGUAGCAGCAGUACUGUAAACAAGAUCUGUAUUUCAGCUGCUCAAUUCUGCACCUCACUGGCUUAUACUUUGAUAAUUAAAUUGCUAUUAUUAGCUCAUUUGACUUAAUUAGACCUUAGAAAACAGUUAAGGACUUUUUGCAUGAUGAGAGAAUUGUAUGUAACCAGUGAUAUGAUUGUUGCUGAAUGUACAGACAGAGUUAAGCCUGAACAUUUUUUAAUUUAAAACAUUUUAAUGGUCCCUGCUUUAAGGAAAUAUGGUAAUGUAUCUUAUGACAAAUGUCCUUUAUUCUUCUAACACAGGAUUAUUUGGAUUAUUUUUUCCCUGAAAUGAAAUGUCCUGUGUACCUUGGUUUAGUGAUGGUCACAUUUCUAGUCAAUUAUUUGUAUCAACUUUUGUUAGUACCAAGAAUCCAUUAUGUGAACAGACUUUUAAAAUAAUUUCUGUACUAUAUAUAUAUAUAUAUAUAUAUAUAUAUAUGAAAAGGCUUUUAUUGAAGAACUGAUCUUCCACUUGCAAGUUUAUGGAAAUAUCAGUAUGUUGAAAUAAAUAUAAAGUGGGAG